GCGCGGUUUCCUCGGAGACGGUUGCCACGGAGACGCGUCCGCCUUGCUCUAUAGUUUUGAGUACCGGAAGCAGCGGAUGAGGGUUGAGUUCUCCAUGGAGUCCGACGAGGCAGUGAAUGAAAACCUUCGGCUCCAGUUCAGGGCUCUUCAGGAGCAGCAGCAGAAACGUCUGCAGAGAAUAAUGGAGAGAAAGAAAGAGAAAGAGAGAGAGCGGAGCAAACGAGACGGGAAUCCGGCCGAGAGAGACGACGAGAGCAACCCCUUUACUAACGCAGGAGAUCCUCCACGUGAUAUAAACAGACGGCUUCUGGAAGAUGAAAACGAGCAGCUCCAGAACCAGCUGCGGGAGGUGAAGGACGAGAACGGGAGGCUCCACAAACUCCUGAAGGAGAAAGAGUUUGAGAUCAAACAUCUCCGGAGGAAGAUUGAGGACAGCAAACUAGCGUUCGCGGGGACGGCGACUGUCGCCGGGGACGUCGCGGCUACAAAGAUUGUCGAGUUAUCCAAAAGAAACCGGGAGCUCACGGCGGAAAUGGAGAGCGAGAGGACGAGAGCGAAGCAGCUGAGCAGCAAGAUGAAGGAGAUGGAGAAGGAGCUCCAGAACGCAAUAGCAAAACUUCAGAGCCCCUCCGGUAAAGACUCUAUAAACGGGCAGACAGCGCCUCGGACAGCGGAGCCAAAUCCGGUCGAGAAUCCGGAGACGAAAUCCCUGCAAGAAAAGCUGGCGGCAGCCAACGUAAAGAUGACGGAUUAUCGCAACCAAAUCCAGACCUUAAAACAGGAGCUGAAAAUGGCUCACAAGGUUCUAGCCAAUGAAGUCGGGGAAGAAGUGAAUAUAUCGCAGCUGGUGGGCUCCUCUGGGGGCUGGAGGGGACGGGCGCAACAGAUUCUUGCCCUGCAGGGCCGGGUCCGUGAGCUGGAGGGCCAGUUGGGCCGGGGGCGCAGUCCGGUGUCCGAGCUCAGCGUGGAGGAGGAGAUGUGGGGCAUCUCCGUACCCAAAAAACUGGCAGCUCAGGAGAAGAACGUGUUCCGGAUCCGUGCCCUGGAAAAGGAGAAGAGGGAGGCGCUGGAGAAGCUGACGAGCGAACACGAGGCCCUCAAGAAGGAGAACGAGGAGCUGAGAAAGAAGUCGGAAGCCUCAAAAGCCAGGAAUAAAGUCCUUUCCAGCGAAGCGAAGACACUGAAGGCGCAGAUGACGACGCUGAUAGAAAAAGGGAAACACGACGACGAGCUCAUCGACGCCUUACUGAGCCAGCAGAAGAGCAUGCAGGAGGUGCUGAGCCGGCUGAGCCAGGAGGAGAGGCAGGGAAUGGAUUCCCAGCAGACCCUGAACAUGCAUUUAAACAGCGAGACUCAGAAGCAGAACGCGUUGGUCACUCAGCUGAAGCACAUGGUGGCCGAGAGAGAGGCGAAGCUCAAGCAGCUGGAGGAGGAGGUGAAACGGUUAAAGAAUAAUCCAAAAACACCGCAGAGUUCUGAGAGUCAUAAACCAGCAGAAGAUUUGGGACCUGAAAGAUUGGGACCUUCGUCAGACGGCGGGGACGUCAGUGCGAGGCGGGGGUCCAGCAGGUCGGUUUCCAGAGCGGGACAUGAACUCGUGGAGAGCGCGGCCCCUCGGCCCACAUCUGUGAACAGCAGAGUUUCCCCUCCGAGUCCGGAUGUUCGGGGGCUUCAGACGCAGAACACAGAAUUUAGGGCGCUUUGCAAAGCAGCCGAGGUGGAGCGAGACCGACUUCUGGAGCUGGUGUCCGUCCUGCAGAGAAGGAUCGAGGAGACCAGCGACAAAGCCCUGCAAGCCGAGAAGAAGCUCCAGGAAGAGAGGAGAAGAUCCGUCCUACUGGAACAGCAACUCGAAAAGCUGAAGAUAGACCCGUCCAGAAACGGAGCCGCGCAGAAACUGUCUGCUCGCGGGAAAGCGGGGCAGUCGCUGACCAACUCCAGACACUUCAGCGAAAGAACAGAUUUGUCGCUCGUUCGGCCCUCGGAUCUCCCCCUGGAAACUCAGAUAGAGGAGCUCAGCACGACGCUCGCUAUACAGAUGGAUGAAAACGAAUCCCUGAAAACUGCCCUAAAAAGUACGCUGAAGACCAAAGAGGACGACCUCCGGCUGUACCAGGACAUGAUCGGCGAGGUGAAAGCGAUCUUCCUGCAGGCUCUCCGCCAACACAAGCAGCAGAAGAGCGCCGCUUAGUCUGAGGAGUCAGAAGGUCGGCGGUCAGAGCCGGGUCUGGAUUAGGGAACAGAAGGAAAAAAAACGAUGGCGGGCCAGAUUAUCCAAAAAUCCCAGAGAAUGAAUGGAAUCUUUGGCGUUCGGGGCCGAGCGGUGUGACACCAAAUCGAAUAACUCAUUUUAAGCACUUUAACUCAAUAUUUAAGUUUUAGCCUAAAUUAGUUAAUUGUUAGGUAAAGUUAAUAAAGUCUGACUUUCC